GGCGCUUGUCAGUGCUGGGAGCUGCACACCCGGCAACGCACGCUAUUCGCGCCGUCUCACCUCUGCAGGAAAACUUGCACAGCCUGUGGUGAAGAGUACACAACAGCAUGGAAUCGUUCAACGAAACUCGACCACCGCCUCCAUCCUGGAUCAAUCAGGAGUUCAUAGAAUCUGUACUGAUAAAUAAAGUUGGAAAUCAAGCUUCUGUAGAUUCAAUUAAAGUACAAUACGCCUGUCCACCAGGAGCUGGCAUUACAAGUUUGUUGUUCAGAGUGACUGCUAUUCUGAAAGGCAAAGAUAAUGAACAAGAGGCUAAAAAGGAAUCACUGCUAGUGAAAACUGCUCUUGACUUUGGGCCAAUGAAGGACUUUGAGAAAAAUGACCAGGUGUUCAGAACAGAGACACAGAUGCUGCGUGAGGUGAUGCCACAGAUCCAGAAAAUGCUGGCAUCGUUGGAGGGUGAGGACUUCCGGCCGCUGACAGCUCGAUGCUACGACGGGGGUCAGCAGCCGGCACUCUUCCUUGUGCUGGAGGACCUGUCAGAGGGUGGCUUCAGGAUGGCUGAGGGGCAAAGUCUUCUGAACUACCAACACUGCAAGGCGGUCCUGCGAGCGUACGCCAGAUUGCAUGCCGCCUCGGCCUUUCUACUCGACAAACAGCCCCGGUACAAGAGCGUGUUCAAUGAGACUAUGUUCACAGACAAGCGUGCUCAGGACUAUUUCAGAGCAAUAGGGUCUAAGAUCAUGUCCGCACUGGCAGAUGAACUGAAUAAGUGUCCAGGGUAUGAAAAAUAUUCUGAAAAAUGCCGGGGAUUUAUGGACCGAUCUGCUAACAGUAUCUUCGAAGUACUUGAACGAAUGAAGGAGGAGACCAGGUUACCUGUGCUGGGCCAUGGUGACUGCUGGAAGAACAACUUUCUGUUUAAGUAUGUGGACGGUGAACUGUCAGAUGUCAGAAUUGUUGACUUUCAGGUAUCAUACGUGACCAGCCCAGCCUCGGACCUGCAGUACUUCUUGUACGCAAGCGCUAGUGAGGAGGUCCAUCGCCACCACAUGGAUGACCUUUUGGGCGACUACCACAACACGCUGGUGGACAUCCUACGGCGCCUGGGCAUGCAGGAGGAAGCUGAGGUCUUCACUCUAGAGGAGCUAAAGCGGGAAAUGGACCGCUGCCUAGUCGUAGGAUUUCUCUUCAGCAUCAUGAGCAGCUUAGCUCUGGCGACUGAAAAGUACGGUGUAGAGUUUACGAAAUUGUUCAGUGACCCAGGACACGCCGAAGAAGCUUUCGGAAAGAUCUUCAGAAAUCCUUCUUCGUUAUCCUACAUGAAAUACCUGACACCAUUUUUUGAAAGUAAAGGUAUCUUAUGAACAUUUGUAGCACGUACACCUAUUACAGUUGACAUUAUUUAACAACUUUUAAAUGGUAACUUUAGACAUCCUUUCAUCUCCCUGAAACUAUUAGCCUUGCAGCAGCAUACCUAUGCUAUUACAUGAUUAAUUAGUAUUUGCUUCUCGUGGUUUUGUAUUUAAAGAGUGAGACUACUGCUAUACUUUAUUUACAAUAAGCGUGCUGUGCGGAAUUCAACAACAUGUACAUCGACCUGGAAAACAACGUGGACUACAACAAAACAAAUCGCCAUGUGCUGGAAUUUACGUAAGCAAACACCACUAUUUUGCUUCAUAUAUAAAUAAACGCAAGCAUUUCAGCGUAUUUUCAUUACUGAAACGACUUACGAAGUGGCAUCAAAUACUGAAAUAUUUUUGUGCAAUAUGUGAGCAGACGACAUGCUGUCAGUUAAAACAACUGGUUAACUAAAAAUAUUAGAUGGACAUGGUAGCCCGAAACCGGUUAUGGCACUAAAAUAAAACAUUUAAAAAUUAUUGUGUCUGGUUGCAUCAUUCACCAACCAAAAAAAGUUAUUAUUGUAAAAGCUAUAUCAAAGAAAGUCAACAGUAAAAAUAUUUCUACUGAAACAGCUAUAUCAAAGAAUGUUAACAUAUUUUUUAAAAGUCCAUUGUGGAAAACUAUAUAUAUCUUUUCAUGCUACUAAUAUUAUUUUAAAAAGUUUGUAGGCAACAUUAUUAAACAAUAUUAGUAUAAAAAGUA